AUGCCCACCCAGGUGACCCAACCGCGUCCUAAACCCGUCCCGUCCCCUCCGCAGGGUCCUCGUGGUCUUCCCGGCGAGCGAGGCCGUCCCGGCCCUUCUGGCCCCGCCGGCGCUCGUGGCAAUGACGGUGCUCCCGGCGCUGCCGGUCCCCCCGGUCCGACCGGUCCCGCUGGUCCCCCCGGCUUCCCCGGUGCUGCUGGUGCUAAGGGUGAGACCGGUCCCCAGGGUGCUCGUGGCAGCGAAGGUCCCCAAGGUGCUCGCGGCGAGCCCGGCCCCCCCGGCCCCGCUGGCGCUGCCGGUCCUGCUGGCAACCCCGGUGCCGACGGCCAGCCCGGUGCCAAGGGCGCCACCGGCGCUCCCGGCAUCGCCGGCGCUCCCGGCUUCCCCGGUGCCCGCGGUCCCUCCGGACCCCAGGGUCCCAGCGGCGCCCCCGGCCCCAAGGGCAACACCGGUGAGCCCGGCGCUCCGGGCAACAAGGGCGACACCGGUGCCAAAGGCGAACCCGGUCCCGCUGGUGUCCAAGGUCCCCCCGGCCCCGCUGGAGAGGAAGGCAAGAGAGGAGCCCGUGGUGAGCCCGGCCCCGCCGGCCUGCCCGGCCCCGCUGGCGAGCGUGGCGCUCCUGGCAGCCGCGGCUUCCCUGGCGCCGAUGGCAUCGCCGGUCCCAAGGGUCCCCCCGGCGAGCGCGGCUCCCCCGGCCCCGUUGGCCCCAAAGGAUCUCCUGGUGAAGCUGGACGCCCCGGGGAACCCGGUCUCCCCGGUGCCAAGGGUCUGACUGGAAGCCCCGGGAGCCCCGGUCCGGACGGCAAGACCGGCCCCCCUGGUCCCGCCGGUCAAGACGGGCGGCCCGGCCCCCCCGGCCCCCCCGGAGCCCGAGGCCAGGCCGGCGUGAUGGGAUUCCCCGGUCCCAAGGGUGCUGCGGGCGAACCCGGCAAACCUGGCGAGAGAGGAGCUCCCGGUCCCCCCGGCGCCGUGGGCCCCGCUGGCAAAGACGGUGAAACCGGUGCCCAAGGUCCCCCCGGCCCCACCGGUCCCGCUGGAGAAAGAGGUGAACAAGGUCCCGCCGGUGCUCCUGGCUUCCAGGGUCUGCCCGGCCCCGCUGGCCCCCCUGGCGAGGCUGGCAAGCCCGGUGAGCAGGGUGUCCCCGGAGACGCCGGAGCCCCCGGUCCCGCCGGUGCCAGGGGCGAGAGAGGAUUCCCUGGAGAACGCGGCGUCCAAGGCCCCCCCGGUCCCCAAGGUCCUCGCGGUGCUAACGGUGCUCCCGGUAACGAUGGUGCUAAGGGCGACGCUGGUGCCCCCGGAGCCCCCGGGAGCCAGGGCCCCCCCGGUCUGCAGGGCAUGCCCGGAGAACGCGGUGCUGCCGGCCUGCCAGGCGCCAAGGGUGACAGAGGUGACCCCGGUCCCAAAGGUGCUGAUGGCGCUCCUGGCAAGGACGGUCUCCGAGGCCUGACCGGCCCCAUCGGCCCCCCCGGCCCUGCUGGUGCUCCCGGUGACAAGGGUGAAGCCGGUCCCCCCGGCCCCGCCGGUCCCACCGGCGCCCGUGGUGCUCCCGGUGACCGCGGCGAGCCCGGCCCUCCCGGUCCUGCUGGAUUUGCUGGCCCCCCCGGUGCUGACGGCCAGCCUGGUGCUAAAGGUGAAACUGGGGAUGCUGGAGCCAAGGGCGACGCCGGUCCCCCCGGCCCCGCCGGCCCCACUGGUGCUCCCGGACCUGCUGGUGCUGUUGGUGCUCCCGGUCCCAAAGGUGCUCGAGGCAGCGCUGGACCCCCUGGUGCUACUGGUUUCCCCGGUGCUGCUGGAAGAGUUGGACCCCCCGGCCCCUCUGGCAACAUCGGCCUCCCCGGCCCGCCCGGCCCCAGCGGGAAGGAAGGCGGCAAAGGACCCCGCGGUGAGACCGGCCCCGCCGGCCGCCCCGGCGAGCCGGGCCCCGCCGGUCCCCCCGGUCCCCCCGGCGAGAAGGGAGCCCCCGGCGCUGACGGCCCCAUCGGCGCUCCCGGUACCCCCGGACCCCAAGGUAUCGCCGGCCAGCGCGGUGUCGUCGGUCUCCCCGGUCAGAGAGGCGAGCGAGGCUUCCCCGGGCUGCCCGGCCCCUCCGGUGAACCCGGCAAGCAAGGCCCCUCCGGUUCCCCCGGCGAGCGCGGCCCGCCCGGCCCCAUGGGCCCCCCCGGCCUGGCCGGACCCCCCGGAGAAGCCGGACGCGAGGGCGCUCCCGGUGCUGAAGGUGCUCCCGGCCGUGACGGCGCCGCCGGUCCCAAGGGCGAUCGCGGUGAGACCGGCCCCGCCGGCCCCCCUGGUGCUCCCGGUGCCCCCGGUGCCCCCGGCCCCGUCGGUCCUGCUGGCAAGAACGGAGACCGUGGUGAGACCGGUCCCCAAGGUCCCGCUGGCCCCCCUGGUCCUGCUGGUGCUCGUGGUCCUGCUGGUCCCCAAGGUCCCCGUGGUGACAAAGGUGAAACCGGUGAACAGGGUGACAGAGGCAUGAAGGGUCACAGAGGCUUCUCCGGUCUCCAGGGCCCACCCGGUCCUCCCGGCUCUCCUGGCGAACAAGGUCCUUCCGGUGCUUCUGGUCCCGCCGGUCCCCGAGGUCCCCCCGGCUCCGCCGGUGCCGCCGGCAAGGACGGUCUGAACGGGCUGCCCGGCCCCAUCGGCCCCCCCGGCCCCCGCGGCCGCACCGGAGACGUCGGUCCCGUCGGUCCCCCCGGGCCCCCCGGGCCCCCCGGUCCUCCCGGCCCCCCGAGCGGCGGCUUCGACUUCAGCUUCCUGCCGCAGCCGCCCCAGGAGAAGGCGCACGACGGCGGCCGCUACUACCGGGCCGACGACGCCAACGUGAUGCGGGACCGCGACCUGGAGGUGGACACCACCCUCAAGAGCCUGAGCCAGCAGAUCGAGAACAUCCGCAGCCCCGAGGGCACCCGCAAGAACCCCGCCCGCACCUGCCGCGACCUGAAGAUGUGCCACGGCGACUGGAAGAGCGGCGAGUACUGGAUCGACCCCAACCAAGGCUGCAACCUGGACGCCAUCAAGGUCUUCUGCAACAUGGAGACGGGCGAGACGUGCGUGUACCCGACGCGGGCGUCCGUGCCCCGCAAGAACUGGUACCUCAGCAAGAACCCCAAGGAGAAGAAGCACGUCUGGUUCGGCGAGGCCAUGAGCGACGGCUUCCAGUUCGAGUACGGCGGCGAGGGCUCCGACCCGGCCGACGUGGCCAUCCAGCUGACCUUCCUGCGCCUCAUGGCCACCGAGGCGGCCCAGAACGUCACCUACCACUGCAAGAACAGCGUGGCCUACAUGGAGCAGGCCAGCGGCAGCUUGAGGAAGGCGCUGCUGCUGCAGGGCGCCAACGAGAUCGAGAUCCGCGCCGAGGGCAACAGCCGCUUCACCUACGGCGUCACCGAGGACGGCUGCACGAGUCACACGGGCGCCUGGGGCAAGACGGUCAUCGAGUACAAGACGACGAAGACCUCGCGCCUGCCCAUCAUCGAUUUGGCUCCUAUGGACGUCGGCGCUCCGGACCAGGAAUUCGGCAUCGACAUCGGCCCCGUCUGCUUCUUGUAACCCUGGAUGGCGCAUCCGUGACAGGAGAGAGUAAUAAUAAUAAUGAUAAAAAGAAGAAUAAUAAUAAUAAAAAAAAAAA